UUUGCUGACAGUUUGGCGCAGAUCUUCCCUCGCUGGACGCGCCAGUACGAUUGUAGAUCCCGACCAGUGCAGACGCGGUGGCACAUACAAGUGCCCUGAGUGCCUGAGUGUUUCGGUUCAAAGUGUUCACUUCCGGUGAUCGUUCGUUCAUCGGCAGCCAUCGUGAUCAAGAAGUGUGGUGGUGAUUCUACGUGAGCUAGAGAAAGUUCUGGUCAAUCGAGAGUGGAAAAACGGUCAGCUAAUUGUCUAAAAGAAGUUAUCGUUGGUGGGUGAAAAACUUGUCGCCAGCUCAAGAACUGCAAACGAUGAAGUACCUAGUGUUUUUGCUAUUGUUUGGAUGUCAAGUACUCAUCAGGGGUGAUGAGCUGUUGGACUCCGAGGAACCACCAGAGGGCUACUAUGCCUUCAUAGAAUCGCCUUCUGCCGUUCCGCCAAAGGUGCGAUCGCCACCGUACACGCACAUCAACAUUGAGUGUAAGGAAGCGACCAACCCGAAACCGUACGUGUCGGCCAACAAUCUGUGCGGAGAUCUGAACAAGGGAAAGAUUCCACGGAACCCGAUGAAGCAAAAUGUGCUGGGCGAACCGUACCCUUUCGAGCUAAUCCGCAACCAAACGCUCAAGUUCCUGUCCAAGACGUUGCCCGUCCUGAAGGCGGAUGAUACACUGCCGAAGGUCACACAAAUCAUUCCCGACGAACCUGUGGAUCAGUUCGAUGAUAAUGGCAUCGGUCGCCGAAUGGGCAAAUCGAUGCGCAUGGAGGAGGAACGGCGCGCCGAAGAGGAUGCCCGGGCACCGCGCAAGUUCUGCGAUGGUGGCGGUGUGUUCUGUGCCCUGUACCGUGCCAUCCAGGGUGAACCGAUCAGCAGCAAGCUGGUGGCGGAAAGGCGCGAAGAGGCAGCCGCCUAUCCACCGCCACCCCGCUACGAGGGCCCUCCGACGCCCUGCCCGGCCAAGGUAGAGUACGCGACGCCCGUGUUUGCCAAAAACUAUCAAGGCUCGUGGCGCUACGUGGUACAAAUCCCGUACGAAGGUUACUUCACGCAGACGGUCGAAGUGACGCGCUGUUUGCAGGCCCGCUGCCACUAUCUGGACGGUGGCUGCCUAUCCUCGCCACGCUGGGUCAGCUUGCUGGUGGCCGAAAUCUUUUACCCGAACGCGGAAGAACAGGUGACGGCACCGACGACGACCACCACGACGGCUCCCUCCAUCCAAGACUUCCAGGCCUACCAGCAGUAUCUGCAGAAGCGGGCCGGUCUGCCUACGGACAACGUGUACGAAAGCAGCAUCAACGGCAGUCCACACCAGCAGCAACAGCAACAGCAGCAACAGCAGCAAGCUCCAACUGCAGCCGCCUCUACCGCCAAGGCAAAUCAGCACUGCGAUGGUCACGAUGAAAUUGGAUGCUUCCAGGUGCGACUGUACUACGAUUGGUUCCUCAUUCCCGGCUCGUGCAAAUGCUGGCGACCGGACUACUUUGCCAAAUACGUGCGAAAACGACCAUCGCCGGACCUGUAAGAGGGGGCUGGAUGCUUUAGCGAUGUAAGAUGCCUACGACACGUAACACGGAUCUUAGACAAUGCCCUAGGAUCGAACGGAACGGGCUGACUGAAAGGUUGGGCAGAUUAUUUAUUAUUUAUUUCAAACUACGACGAACGCGGUGGGCUUGUAAUACAUACGUUACUGCCAAAAAUAGUAAGACUGGACUGGAGCAGCACGGUGUAUCGCCCCGCAAAAAAAUAAUACACUUGCUUUUUGGGGGCAAUCGAGAGAGAGAGAGAGGGAGAGAGAGGGAGCGAGGCAACAAUCUAGGCGAUAUGUUUGUAAGAGCUGCACACGUAGCUCGAUAAACUAGCGAGAAUCGGCAAUGAAUCGGUUGUGGUGUUCUUCUACCUACAUCUUUUUUUUUAAAGUACUUUAUACUCGGGGAAAAUCAAGCUUCACGGUGCAGCUGCAGCGCACUUUGGUAGCCUUUUCGGGGCUGCAAACGGAAACAGAACUAGUAGCCUUUUCUGUUGGGGCGGCUAUCGCUUCGCAAGGUUAGCAGCACGCAUUGGCACACGGUUCAGCAGUGUGGCAUUUCGUCUAACUAACCUUGUGGAUACGUGUGGCGUGACCCUAAAAAAGAACUUUAAAACACAGCACAUGAAACACACAGACACACAUUAGCGUUACUUUUACUAUGUAAAUAAGACGUAAACCCUUUUAAAAUAUGAUCGUGAUUUUUUUUAAAUAAACGGUUUAUGACGUACAGUGAAAGAGAAAA